GCAGCGAGCAUAAACCAGUUAUUCAAAAAGAUAUCGAUGUUAAAAGACUUGCGGUUUUGUAUCUAAUCUGCAAAAAUAAUUUGAAAAUUAUUAGAAAAGCAGUAUCAGGAAUGUUACCAAAAAAUAGAUUGAGGGAUAUUCGACUCAGUAGAUUAAAGGUUUUUCCAGAAUCCAAACAUUCGUAUGAAAAGACUAUUAUAAAAAGAUAUGACCAAGAAACAAUGUUAUUGGAUGGUAAUAAUGAUCAUUUUUCAAAGAUUUAUAGAAAAGAAUUGAGGAACAAAGAAAGAAGAAUUAGAAGAUUAGAAACAAAAGAGAAAGCCAACACCAUCAAAAACACCAACACAACAAAUUCUUCCUAUCAAAACAAAAUUAAAUAA